AGUGCAGGAAGGAAGCAUGAAAGGAAGGACGGAUGAGAGGAUGCCGAGGAAGUAUCUAAGAUUAUAUAAUGGAUGGAAACAGAAAGGAGAAUUCCUUCUGUGGUAAGCCUGUUGGAUGGCUGAAUCAAGCAGACAAUGAUGGCAGUGUUUCAAAACCUUGGCUCUGGAAAAUCUCCAAUUGCUUUUCAACAGUUGAACAGAUAUUACCGACCAGUAGCAAAACGAAAAAUUGCAUGGAGAACAACAAACCCAAGUUAGAGUUGAAGGACUUUCCACCUCCCUCCCAACAUGCUAUUCCUAGGUUCUUUGCAAGUGCUCCACCUUCUGACAUUCAGGCUUUUCAACAGCAGCAGUCAACCGGCACGAAAGUAAGCUGCUGUCCUCAUUGUGGCAAUGAGGCUUCUUGCUCCCCCCACACUCCCAAUGGUGGUGGUUGCAUUCACUCUGUAAAUGGUGGAGCUUUAGAACACACAAAUGCUGGAACAGUCACGUGUCAGAUAGGCUCGAGGCCUACUUUACAUUCAUCAAAAUCUUGUAAAGUGGCUGUAACUAAUGAUCAUUUAGCUGGCCCCUAUUCAGAGAAUGCUGUCUCUGGUUGUCAGCUUCAGCCAUCUCUUUCCCAGCACCUGUCUUGUUGUGGAAAUCUCUUCAAACAGCUGCAACCUUUCCACAGCAAUGUCCACAAGCAGCAUCAAACUCCUAUGCCACAAAACUACAAUGCAUCCAAUUGUUUUUCCUGCAUGGAGCUCUCAGGUGGGGUUAGUGGGCACUUGGAAGAUCGUAUGAGUCAAGCUGAGCUACCUACACGUGUUUGCACUAACUCUUUACAGUUUCACACGGCACCUAUGUUUCUGAAGGGUUCACAUUGUUGUGAUGAUUGUUUGAACAAGCCACCCAGACGUCCUGCUGUAGAUGUUAAAAAGAUUUGGCCAAAUAUUGCCCCUCCUGCUCAGUCUGUUCCAGUCCCCAUAUCAUUGUGCAAUGGUGUUCAAACCGAAGGUCAAACUGCAGAGGCACCAACGUUAACAGGAAACUUGGGUCUCCAGCCACCAAAGUUUGGAUCACCUGAUGUUGGUACAGUAGGACAGCAGGAGAAUCUACCUCCUAUUGGGGUAUUUUGGGAUAUCGAAAAUUGUUCUGUCCCCACAGGACGAUCAGCCAUGACAAUAGUACAGCGAAUCCGGCAGCAAUUUUUUCAAGGCCACAGAGAGGCAGAAUUCAUGUGUGUAUGCGAUAUUAGCAAAGAGAACAAGGAAGUUAUCCAGGAACUUAACAACUGCCAGGUGACAGUUGCACAUAUCAAUGCAACAGCAAAGAAUGCUGCAGAUGACAAACUUAGACAAAGUUUGAGACGAUUUGCUGACACUCACACAGCUCCGUCCACUGUUAUUUUGGUGUCCUCUGAUGUUAAUUUUGCCUUAGAACUGAGUGAUCUUCGACAUCGACAUGGUUUUCAGAUUAUUUUGGUGCAUAAGAAUCAAGUUUCAGAUACACUUUUACAGCAUGCACAUAAGCAUUUCAAAUUUGAGGAAUUUGUUUCUAACUUACCACCAAGAUUACCGGAAAAAACACCACAAUGUCAUACUCUUCUGUAUGCGUACAAUUUACCACUCAACAGAGACAGCAAACAAGUAAGCAACAGGCUGCGUCGUUUGUCUGACAAUUGUGGUGGAAAGGUUUUAAGUAUCACUGGCAGCAGUGCAAUCCUUCGUUUUACAAGCCAAGAAAGUGCUGAACGUGCACAGAAACGUAUGGAGAAUGAAGAUGUCUUUGGCAAUAAGAUCCUGGUAUCAUUUACCCCAAAAAAUAAAGAUCUUUGUGAGAGCAAAAAUAACUGCUUUACAGUUGAAAAAGCAAAAUCCCCUAAAAAGGCAAACAAGAUGACCAAACUUUCUCAGCGGAACAAAGGCCUUGAUGAUCAGUUACCGAACAGUAAAAAUUCUACAGUGAAGAAUUUGCCAACACCCCAAGGAUCAGCAAUUAAAGACAACAAUGUCAGAAGUUUACAGGAGCUCUGUGGUAUGGAGUCCAAAGCAAAGCAAAGUGUACGUACCCAGAAGAUCAAAAAGCAAGGAACUGAAUCUCCUCCAGUUGGCAACUGCACCUCCACUUAUUCCCCAGUCACUGCUAAAAAUGUAGGAAAUGGUGAUUCGUUCAGUGGGAACAUGAAGAGAGAAACUCCAUCUUCCAGAAGUUCCUUGGAAUCUCCCAUUGAUAAAAUUGAGAAGAAAGCUGAUUUCCAUGUCAGCUCUCCUUCUGCUUUUUCUAAGCUGUCAGUUUCAAGACAUAACACACCACCUAUUCCGGGUCACGGUACCUGGGCAACCAGGAGUCCAUCCCCAAGCCUUUCAAACAGGCUCUGUUCUGUUAGUGCAAAUCCAGCAAAUCAAACUCACUAUUCUGACCCUCACACUGGCCCAUUUGCAAAUGGUGCAGAUGUACAAGUCAGCAACUUGGAUUACAGAAUGUCCAGAAAGGAGCUACAACAAAUACUGCAUGAAAUUUUUUUAAGGCAUGGCAAGGUAAAGAAUGUUGAACUAAGCCCUCAUACUGAUUAUCAGCUUAAGGCAACAGUUCAGAUGGGAAGUCUCCAGGAAGCGAUCUUGGCUGUCAAUAACUUGCACAGAUAUAAAAUUGGAAGCAAAAGAAUCCAAGUUUCACUAGCUACUGGAAGUGCCAAUAAAUCUCUUGCAUUACUUGGCUCUGAAACCAUAUCCAUUCUGCAGGAUGCCCCUGCCUGUUGCUUGCCACUGUUCAAGUUCACAGAGAUUUAUGAAAAAAGAUUUGGACACAAAUUGUUUGUGUCGGAUUUAUACAAGUUAACAGACACAGUGGCUAUCCGUGACCAAGUGAAUGGAAGAAUGGUUUGUCUCCUGCCCAGCAGUCAGACUCGGCAGAGCCCAAUGGGCUCUGUAUUAUCAUAUGAUGGUUCAUCAUCCAACUGCAGCCCAGUUAUAUUUGAGGAACUGGAAUACCACGAGCCAAUCUGCAAACAGCACUGCUCCAAUAAUGUCUAUAAUGAAAAUGAAUUUGAUCCUGAUUCUUACAAAAUACCAUUUAUAAUAUUGUCCCUGAAAACAUUUGCGCCACAGGUACAUAGCCUGUUACAUACCCAUGAGGGUACUGUGCCCCUGCUUAGCUUUCUGGACUGUUAUGCUGCAGAAUUUACUGUAUUGAAGAUAGUGGAGGAGGGGCAAGGUGGUGUUCCUUUGGAGCACCUCAUAACCUGUGUCCCUGGUGUUAACAUUGUCACUGCACAGGAUGGCAUUAAAGUUGUGAAAUGGGUGCAGAACAAGCCUCCACCACCUAAUGUGGAUCCCUGGUUGCUACGAUGUAAAAGUCCUGUAGGAAAUCCUCAGCUUAUUCAGUUUAGUAGAGAAGUAAUCGAUCUCCUAAAGAGCCAGGCUCACUGUUUCAUAUGUCAAAAUAAGUUUAUACCAACCUACCAUCACCAUUUUGGGAAGCAAUGCAGAGUUUCAGACUAUGGCUUUUCCAAACUAGUGGAGUUGCUGGAAGCAGUGCCUCAUGUUCUGCAGAUCCUUGGCUUGGGCGCUAAACGCCUACUUACAUUAACGCAUCGAGCACAAGUAAAACGUUUUACCCAAGAUCUACUUAAACUUCUCAAAUCUCAAGCCAGUAAACAGGUUUUCAUAAGAGAAUUCGGACAAGCAUAUCAUUGGUGUUUUUCGAAGGACUGGAAUGUCACAGACUAUGGUGUAUGUGAACUGGCGGAUCUUCUUUCAGAAAUACCGGACACUACAAUUUGUGUUUCACAACAGGAUGAUGAUACUGUGAUUUCUAUUCCUAAGCGAGAACGCACUCCAGAAGAAAUAGAGAGGACAAAACAGUUUGCUAAAGAGGUUGUGGAUUUAUUGCGGCAUCAAUCUCAUUGCCGUAUGCCCUUCAAUAAAUUUAUACCUGCUUAUCACCAUCACUUUGGACGUCAAUGCAAGCUCACUUACUACGGAUUUAACAAACUCAUGGAACUGUUCGAAGCUAUACCUGAUGUGUUGCAGGUCCUGGAAUGUGGAGAGGAGAAAUUCCUUGUUUUAACUGAAAACGAGCAAAUUAAAGCACUGACAGCCCAGCUUGUUAAAUUGCUAAGAUCACAAAAGGACAAUUGUAUGACACUUUCUGAUUUCCUUCUGGAAUAUAACAAUACAUAUGGAUAUACUCUGCGCCUGCAAGAUUAUGAUGUCAAUACUGUUGCAGAGCUUAUGCAGAAACUCUGCCAUGUUGCAAAGAUUUGCAGCACACCAAAAGGUAAACAGCUCCAGUUGAUAAAUAGAAAGUCCCUUCGUACUGUAACUGCUCAACUUCUUGUGCUGCUGAUGUCUCUGGAUGAUGUCUCGUGCCUCACAGUUGAUGAUCUUAAAAAGCGUUUUGAUGCAACCUAUGGAAGUCCUCUUGUUCCCUCUGAAUAUGGUUUCAUGUCUUUAACAGAGUUGUUGAAGAGUUUGCCUUAUCUGGUUGAGGUAUUCACUGAUGACACUGGAGAAGAAUAUGUGAAACUGACAAAAGUGUACCAAUUUGCCAAGAAUGUCCGAGCCUUGCUACACACGUACCACUACCAGCAGAUUUUUCUGACUGAAUUUCCCUCCACUUAUCACAAGUACACAGGUGAAGUACUGCAGCCAAAAGUGUAUGGGUAUUCCAGUAUUGAGGAUCUUCUCAUUGCUAUACCACAGGUCAUCUGGAUAAAAGGACAUGGACACAAAAGAAUAGUCGUUCUAAAAAAUGAUAUGAAAGUUCGUAACAGUUCUGCAUGUUGUUCUCCUGCAUGCAUGGUUGAAGAAUGUGGACAGACGCAAGGAGACCUAAAACGACCAGUAACUUUGGCUGUACAGAACUCCAGCAGCAAUGAAACAAAGGAGUUAGAAACUGACAGCUCCUGUUCAAAUCAGACUGAACAAGAGCUUCUUUGUCUUGGUAACCAGUCGCCUGUUGACUUGCUGUGUGGACCUGUACCAUCAUGCUUGCCAUCCCCUCAGCUCAGACCAGACCCAGUCGUUCUUCAGAAUGCUGAUCUUAUCCGAUUUGAAGAACAAUCACCUAAUGUUGCAGAUAUGUUGAUCUUGACAGAGGAGGAGAAGACUGUCCUUCCCGCAGCUAUGACUGAAGAGGCUUUUACCAGUGGCAGUAUUACCAACCAGAUUAAAGACAAUCUUCCUACCACGUGUCAACCCGAGGAUGAACAAGAAAUCAAGUCACCACACCUGGAAGUUACUGCCAGCCCAGUCAGGAAGCCUAGAAGUAAAGUGAAGUUAGCAGCAAAUUUCUCACUGGUACCCCCCAUUAAUAUUUAAAAGAAUUUAAGAAUAAGCUUGUGUACUUCUGUAUUUUACUAUUUAAAGCACUAAAAUGGAUUCCAAAGUGCUAAAUCCAAAGAACUAAAUGCUUUUUUUUAUCUUGGCCGCCUUCUUUGCUCUAUUUAAAAUAUUUGAAAAAGCUACAAACAUACAGAAAGAAAAUUGGGUCUUUGUCUGGAGCUAAUUUGGUGUAGUCCAUGAACUUCCUUGGCUGUGAUUGAGAUUCCAAGGUUUGUGUAAGCUUGUUAUAAUUUCGAAGUCUGUUGUGUUUGACCAAGGUUUUUGUUUUUAAGAAAGUCAAAGAAAGCAGUGUUUUCUUGCACUAAAAGCCUGUUCAUAUUAUCUCUCCAAUUUAAGGUUUCUCAGUAAAAUGCAUGAUAUCUCAGAAUCUGAGUUGAGGUUUUGUUGACCCAAUACCUACAGAACAGCAGUAAGUUUUGUAUAAUCUAACUGUACAAGUGUACUUGAAAUGUUCAGCAUGUCACUUGAAUGGCUUGUAAUUAUAAUCUGCCUUUCAGUUCUGGUUAGCUGUCUGUAGAAAGAACAGAUUGCAUUCAGUGGCUGUGUUGUUUAUAAAUGUCCUGUAGUUGAAGAAUAGAACUAAGAGCCUCCUGAUAAUGCAAAUUCUAUUGGGGUUGUGUUAGCUUCCUAUAAGGUUCAGGUUAUGUUUUUACUGCUAAGUUGGUCUGAUCAGUUAUCUGCAAUCUUGACUUCAUGAGUUAUAUCAGUAAAUUGAAUUCACCAUUGGCUUUAGCAAUCUGCUACACUUGGUGUGUCUCCAAGCUAAAGUGAGUAGCCCCAGCGCAGAAAUGGGAGUUCAUUGUGAAAUAUGCAUGUAUUGCAUAGAUCAUAGAUCAUGGGUCAGAUAAGGAAAACUAUUUAAAAGCUAUCAUUUCCACUUGACAGUUAAUGGAGCGGAUUUUCCCUGUGGAAGUGUGGAAACCUCAAGGUUUUGUUAUUAAACCUUGCCCUUUUAUAAACCAUAUUUCAUUGGGGAACAGUGUACAUAAACUAACAGUCGCAGAAGGUUGUCUUUUUAAUACAGACUGCUUCUUAUUCCAUUGUAUGUUGAGUGGUUGCACUUGGGAAGUUUUAGGUAUCAGUUGGUGACUGGUGCCAGUGCGAUGACCUUCGAUAAGGUUGAUUUAAAAUGUGUGGCAGUCAGCCCAUUAGGGCUUUCUGGACAGGACCUGGCUUUUACAAUGGAUUGUAUUUGUCAGGGCACACACUUUCUAGAUUACAAUAACCUAUUUUUUUUGAAAAAUAAGUUCUCCACUGGUGCCAGAGGUUUGAGUUUUAGUCAUAAAAGGUGUAAUUGCUGAAAUUUUCUUUCUCUACAGAGCACCUGUGACUGUGCAGGUUUAUAAUGUGAAUAAACAUUGAAAUAUUAGCUUUGGAAAUGCUGGAAAGUAGCAAAGCUGGGAAAAAUUGAACAAUUAUAUAAAGAUCUGUUCCAUGCUAAAACUGGAACUUGUGCUGAAGAUUUAGACAGGGUGUUUAAGAUUUGUACAUUAGUACAUGUGUAGAUUUUUAAAAAUCUUUACUAAAUGGCAGCAAUUUAGAUGCUAAGCUAAUGUGCAGUAACUAUUGCCAGAUACCUUUUUUUACAUGCUUGAAACAUCAGCAAAGAGGAACAAAAGUAUUCUGAUUUAUUACAAGCCACUCAAGUUACAGUAGGUUUCUGGUUUUAUGUUUAAAACCCACAGUAUGUUAGUGAUUGGUCUGAAAUGGCAGUUUAUAUAUGCAGAUCUGCAUAAAUUUGUGUUGGUAAUCUCUAGGCUGACUUGAAUAACAGAGUUUGUACAACCGAUGUAAACUGGUAGAGAUGCAUUUCUUUGAGGUCUUUGAACAUUAUUAUGUUGACCCAAAUAUUGGAUAUAUCUGAAAAUAUGACAAGGGCUCUUAUUCUGUUUCCUCUCUGAAUUUUCAACAAAAAAGCUUAUCAAAUGCUGGCUGCUUUUGUUUGGGACCAAAAUUUAUUUUGCUAUGAAUAAAAUUUUACAGCAAGCAUA